AUGACAAGUCUCUUCCCCAUCGAACACUCUGAGAAAAUGCACUGGAGCGGCGCAGACGUGUUUGUGGUCCUGGUGUCCCUUAUCGCCUCUCACACCACCGGGGCCUUAUCUGUGGACGUGGAUGGAAACGGCACAGAGACCAGCAAUGGGACAGAUGGCGGAUUUGUCCCAGUGGCGUUCACUAAAGUGAGCCAGAUAAUUGCCCGGGAGGGGAGCUGUGUGCAGAUUGAUUGUAACAUCACCGGAGAGCCGUUCCCCAGAGUUCUGUGGUUCAACUCCCAUGGCGUCCGUCUGGACACGGAGAUGAGUGGUGGGAAGUGGUGGCUGUUGGACAAUGGCGUCCUCAACAUCACCAACAUCGAGUUUGCAGACCGUGGAAAGUACACUUGCAUGGCGUCCAACGUGUACAGCAGCUCCAACUGCACGGUGACACUGCGUGUGGUAAUUACCAAUGGUGACAUGGGUGUGUACUACAUGGUGGUGUGUCUGGUCACCUUCACCAUCAUCAUGGCCCUGAACAUCACUCGCCUCUGCAUGAUGAGCAGCCACCUAAAGAAGACAGAGAAAGCCAUCAAUGAGUUCUUCCGCACCGAGGGCGCCGAGAAGCUGCAGAAAGCCUUUGAGAUCGCCAAGAGGAUCCCGAUCAUCACCUCGACCAAGACGCUGGAGCUGGCCAAGGUGACGCAGUUCAAGACCAUGGAGUUUGCGCGGUACAUCGAGGAGCUUGCUCGCAGCAUCCCGUUGCCCCCGCUCAUCAUGAAUUGCCGCACCUUCAUGGAGGAGAUCCUUGAGGUGGUGGGCGUGGAGGAGAUGAGGCACACUUUUCUCAGACAAGGACCGGAGGGGCGACGGGAGGUAACGGGCAUAGUCGCCUCCAUAGGGGGGAGAGAUGUCUUCACCAUCCUGCAGGAGAGGGAGAGGGAGAGAGAGCGAGGGGAACGCAGCGAAUCCCCCGCCGCUGACUCGGACAACUCUUCAGUCCAGGAGCAGCCGCAGCACAUAGCCAUCCAGGUGUCGGUCCACCCGCAGCUCGCCGCCGAAGGUUACUGCAGCAUUGAAGCACCACCACAGCCAGAGGCCACACCCUCCUCACCUCCCCCCUGCUCCGACACACCGCCCGAUCCUCUUAACCCUGAGGAGCAGCCUCAGCCUCAAGCUCAGCCCGAGGCUCAGGCGGAGGCUGAGGGCGAGCAGAGCGCUGAACAGGCCUUGCCCGAACCAACGGCAAAUAUGACCGCUCCCUGCCAGGUGUUUUACGAGAGCCAUGUGUGACGAACCCCGGAGGAGCAACGAGUUACCCUGCUAUGCAUUUUCACUUGAAGACAAGAAAAGGUCCACAAGCAUUUUUAAUUUCACAUUUUGGAGAAAAACAAUCAUUUUUAAUUUAUCUUUUCUGAAUGGAACAAUCUAUGAAAACCUUUGUAGGCUGUUCUACUGAAAAUAAACCACAAGGUUAUCAGACUCAUGGGUUUUUCUCACUCUGGUCCUUUCAUGCUUGAAUGUACAUGGGAGGGGGAAUCAAUGUUCCUAUUAAUGUAAUAAGCAGAGAAUUGUAAAGGAAUACUUCCUGUGUUGAGAUUUUCAUAGCUCAGAUUAUUAUUUAAACACUUCAGUCUCGAGGGGAAUGAUUUUUUUAGUUUCUUAUAGUGCUAGGCAUUUUAAGACUAACUCCAGAAAUCUGCCUCAAGCUGCUCUGCGUGACGUUAUUUCCAAACCCUCCAAAGUUCAGCUUCCUUCAUGUGUUAAACAACUCGCAUCCAGCCACUGUCGCAGCCGAGCCGAUGUUAUUGUAAAAUGUCCCACUCACCUAUAGAUGCAUGCUGGACAGAAACACAAGAUUUGAAAGUUUGGUCACAAUUUCAUGAUUGUACGGCCUACUGUGUUUCUAUAAGUUACAAGUAAGCCAGGCUAAACCUCUUGAGUGUACAGUGUAUUUCAGCAUCGGGUCACACACCCCUCUGAUAAUGAGUCUCUGUUUCCUUUGAAAUAUUUUGAUUACAGUAUUAGAUUGUUACCCAUUGUGGUGUGAUUUUUGUUCCUGGGCUAGUUUAAGUGGUUUUUAAAGAAGUCGUCUUGUCUUCUCUCUCCUCAGUAGAGACGAGCGGAUUGUUUUCCUCUGUCAUGUGCUGUUUGAGAUUUUUCAUUUGACUUCUGACCUGCUCUCCGCAUCGUCUUGCUUCUGCAGAGGCUUUAACAGUACAGUUGCAUGUGAACGUGGACAGUGGAGAUGUUUCACAUCUUUCUCUGGGGCUAAGAUACAAGGACUUCUUUUUCUUUGCUUGGCUGAAAGUCCAGUCCAUUAUAGAGAUGAACUGGACUCUGUUCUUUUACUGGUGCUCUCGAGAUGCCUCUUUUUUUUUUGUAGUGGAAUAAAAUGGAAGUGCUGUGUUUAAAAA